UACAAUCUUUGUGUUUUACUUAAACUGUAAAUCCAAAAAUCAAUAUUUUAUUUGGCGUUUUAAAUUUUCUAUCUUUAAUAUACCAUUGGAUUAUAUCUAAUUGAAAAAUGAAAUUUAAUAGCAUAUAUUUGUUUUUAACAACAUUGUUUUGCGUUAUCAUUUUAGCGUAUGCAGGUAUUUCAGGUCGUCCUGAACAUACGCAAUCUAAUACCCCUCUAGCUCCACCAUUACGAAUGGGACACCCACCACUUCCGGGUGUAAUAGCACAUAUAAAUCCACCACCACCACCACCACCACCACCAGCAGCACCAGCAGCACCAGCAGCAGCACCACCAGCACCACCACAACCACCUGCUGGAAAUCGACGAUAGUUAAAUUUACCAACAAAGCUGCAGUAUCCAAGAUCUGUGCCACAUUUUGAAAAUACAUAUGCUAACUAAUAUGUGUAUAUUGUAAAAUGUUCAUCUUAGUUUAUCAUUUUUAUGUUUCAACCUUAAAUUUUUUUAAUAACAUUCCAAAUAACAUUUUUUGUUCCCUAUCAUAUAAAUUACAUUAUGUCUAUUACA